AUGGGAGUCAUACUUGACGAAAGCGCAGGAUUUUUCAGAAAGGUGCUGGAAGUCAACGAUAUACCCAAAGUUCUGGAGAAGCAAGAUAAGAUCGUUCUGGCUCACGGAGCGCGCGAUUGGAAAUGGCCAAACGCAGACGAAAGAGAUUCGUCAUCCACUUCUGGCGACAGGUCGCCAACAAAAAGGUUGUACGAGCUGGUGGUCUUGGACUGCUGCGUUCUGAAUGCCCAGGAAAUUGUGAGCGGGUAUCCUUCCAGAACCGCGCCAUUCAACGAAGAAAAAGCGGUUUGUGCUGCCGAAUGCGACUCGAACUCUAUGAACGAGUAA